AUGGGAUGCGCAAGAGCAAGGGUCUUUAUGGUUGCUUAUAGAACUGACAAGCUGGUGUGGGAUGCGCCCUUUGGUUUGAAUGAAUUGGUAGAGUGUCUUCGAGGGCGGGUGGUGAUGACAGCAAAAGAUUACUACUACAUGGACCUCCCCAGGGUGAAGCUUUCGGACGCGAAUGAGCGGAACCUGGCAGACUACAAUUCAGAGAGCCGGAAGCUGCAGUUUCCCGACCUCAACCAGUAUGCUAAAAACGGCCGGGGACGAGGAGAGACAGUUGACAACGCUUUGCCAACCCUGACCACGACCAGUGGAAGACUGUUCUCCCAGGCACAUCACCGUUUCUUGCACCCAGAUGAGAUGCUGGCCAGCCACGCGUUGCCUAUCUCAAAGGACCAGGGAAAGGCAUGCAGGGCUCCAACUCUUGAGCUGGAUAAAGUUCCAUAUACUUCCAAAGUCCACAUGGCCGGAAAUGCCAUCAACAUACCAACAAUUGGUAGUGUGAUGUUGGCAGCUGCUCUUGCAUUCCAGCCAGUUCAGAAGCCAUGA